AUGGGUGGGUAUGAUCAAUAUACAGGUAGAAAUCCACCCAAAAUACGAGACAUUUACAGUGAGUGGAGACUCGCUAGCCAGUUUUCAUUAAAGAAAACCACCCAAGUGCAACUGCGAGGAAGUCAGUCUCCGUAUGCACUCACCCUCAAUUUUUUUUUGUUUUUGAUGGCUAUAAAACGGGGCUCUAGUAAAUCACUACCACGAGGUCGAAACACCAUGUUCUCAGCGUUGCAACGUGCAUUCACUACUGAAAUUACGCCAUAUACAAGCCGAUUACCAACUAAUCAGACGAGGGACCCAUUUCUUUCAACUCUUGAAGCACGACCGGCAAGUAGAAUGUUGCUUUGAAUCACCUAACAACUCCCGCU